CCAGUUCCCAGUUCUCUCCAUCAAGGGAAUCUCUGCCUGCAUUACUCGCCUCUGCCGUCUAAUCUGAGACUUAUCCAUCCUCAACGCCGCCGUGUCUUACUUGCUUCAACCUGGGUCUUUUUUUUCGGAUACUGCAUACUGUAUCCUCUUGAAAGUUCAGAUCCUCAGACCUGCCACCAAUCUGUUUCGUCAUCUAUCCUACCUCCCAACAACUUCGUCCGACCUCAUCUUUCAUAUCACCUAUCCCAAGCGAACAGUUCCGCUCGACUCGACCAGUCCAUCCUUUAGUGUUUCCCUUUUUUUCGACCAGAUUCAAUUUUCCGUCUCGUCCAUGACCUCCCAUACCACCCUCCAUCGAACAAUCUCCUUCCAAGCCGAUGCCAGGCUAGCACCCCCAACAUCGUCGUACGAUUCAGCCAUGAACAAUGAGAAAAGUGGUCGAAGGAGGAGAUCUAGCAGUAUCAUCUACCAGGAACCGCCGGAAUCAUUGGAACAGAUCAGCGACCAACUAGCCGAACCAAAUCUCAACUCACAAUGGGUCAACGCAAAAGGUGCAUGGACGAUACACCCCGUCCUGAUCAUCGGCCUCAAGAUCUUAUUUGACAUUAUUCCGGGCGUGACGCAGGAAAUAUCAUGGACACUCACCAACAUCACAUAUAUGGCCGGUUCUUACCUGAUGUUCCACUAUGUACGAGGCGUGCCGUUCGAGUUCAACGCCGGAGCCUACGACAACUUGAACAUGUGGGAACAAAUCGACAACGGGGACCAGUACACGCCUGCGAAGAAAUUCCUCCUGACGGUACCGAUUGUCCUUUUCCUCUUGAGCACGCACUACACGCACUACGAUUUUACAUAUUUCACCAUCAACUUCAUGGCUCUCAUGGCCGUCGUGAUACCCAAACUCCCUCAGUUCCACCGAGUCAGAAUUGGUCUAUUUUCAGAGCCGCCCGAGGAGUGACCCACGGGAUGAAUGGAGUACCUCUCUUUUUUUUGCAGGUCAAAUGCGAUAUCAAGAUCCUUUUUUUGAUUGGUAGUAACCUGGCUUUCUACCUCGACAUUCCUUUUCUAGCCAUGUGUUUUAUGUCAUUUUUUGCCUUUUUUUCCAGGAGAGACAAGUCUCUACGACGUGUGUAACAACUCGGCAUGGAGAAAUCGGUUCGAGGGAGAGGGAAGGAGGGUAGAGUGACCUCGUUGGGAAUACUUUACGCUGGAAAAAAAAGAAGUCGAGGUAGAAAAAAGGGAGACAUGGAACGGCACAGAGGAAAAAUUUGAUGAUGGGAUAUCACUACUUCUUUUUAGCAAUCCACGAGUCAGUCCGUCAUGAUUUCGCAGAUUCAAUGCCAUUCUCUUUGUCUCUAUAACA